AUGUGUGAAGUGUGCGCACAGUGCAGCAUUAAGCAACUGUUAGCCAACAUAUACCACAUGUCCGACAAUCAAAGACCGAAUCAUAAGUAUGACUGCCGUGAGUUGCAAGAGACCCAUGACAGUGAUGUCGUGUACACACAUCAACACACUGACAGUGAAGACACCGAUGAUAGUGGUGAUGGUGAUGGCGAUGGUGAAGGUGAAGGUGAUGGUGAGGCCAUUGUGGUGAGGAUGUGGGACCUGAAACAGUGCGACCGGAAGCGCUGCACCGGUAGGAAACUGGUGCGACUCGGCAUGUGUUCGCUGCUAAGAUUGGGCCAAAGAUUCAAUGGCCUUAUCCUAAGUCCGAUGGCCACUCAAUGCGUGUCCCCUGAGGACAGGCAUAUAGUGGUGGAGAAGGGCAUAGCAGUGGUGGACUGCUCGUGGAACCGCCUCAACGAAACCCCUUUCCAUAAAAUGCGUGGAAAUCACUUACGACUCCUGCCUUUCCUGUUGGCGGCCAAUCCCGUCAACUACGGGAUGGCGUCUAAGCUGUCGUGUGUCGAAGCCGUCGCUUCCACUCUCAUAAUCACGGGCUUCGAGGAUACGGCGCAACACUAUCUCAACAAAUUCAAGUGGGGGUCGGCUUUCACUCCAUUGAAUCAACAAUUAUUGGCCGAAUACAAGCUCUGUUCCGAUUCCACGCAAAUGGUGUCCACACAGAACCGGAUGAUCACUGAAAUGCAGACAUCCAACCACUUGAACCAACAGAGAAACACCGAUUUGCCUCCAAUUGAGAGUUCCGACUCAGACUCUUCAUGA